AUUUUUGAUAACAAUUUCGAAUUUUUAAAGCAUUCUGAAGUGUAAUUUUUUCAAAGAAAACUACGUUUCUUAAGGAAGCCGUAAUUUUAUCUAAACAGAAAAUUGAGUCCUUUGUUCAUUACUUGUAUUCAUCUAUUGUUAUAAUACAUUUUUUUUUGGUUUUUGGAUUUGAGUUAAUUUUAAGCAGAAAAAUCGUCCUCCCCGCCAGACACCAUUUAUCAGAAAUUCUCCUGGAAAUCGACUACGGGGUCAACAGAUCCUGAAAUUUUUUGACAUUCGUAAUUAUAUACAUGCUUUUUGAAGGUUACGUCUAACUACGAAAUCGAUACAAUAUAGAAAUAAUAGUCUGGUACUACUACAACCCUAACGUUGUUGUAGAUUUCUGUUGAACAACUAAGACAACUAACUUAUAAGAUAACAAACCAAACUUCGAACACAGAUACUUUAUGGUAAAUUACAAGAACGCACAACAAAGUUCAAGCUAUCCGCGCAAAGAUCUUAGAUUUCAUCGAAGACACAACCAAGUGCAUUCAUAUAAAACAAAUUAAUAAACAUCGGAGCAUAUCGACAGCGAGGGCAGAGUGGCUUAAUUAAACAGCGGCAAAGGUGCAACCGCCGAUAAGUUGCCAAGAAAGUUUCUGGCUGUACGCAAAAUCAAUCACAGUUGCAAUAUGCCUGCCAGUACAUAGCUGCGGCUUGACACACUGAUAAAGACAUUGAGAAGCAAAGAUAAAAACUACAAAACGAAAAUAAGAAAACAAGCAUAUUAAUCACGAGUCGAUGUCGUUGUGGAGUGGGGACGCAAUCAGCCACAUGCAAUGGAAGUCGAUGAUGAUACUCCGCGGAACGUGUUUCUACAUAUUGAAAUAUAAUUUCGGAUAGAACACAAUGAUUGCAAAAACAGUAAUAGGCGAAACACGCUCUCAGCCGGAGCGCAAACCAUGCGAUUUUUUAGUUUUUGCGCAAAUUACAGUGUAACCAAAAUCUUUUGUUUUUAGAUAGAUGCCAAAAGCUAGGUUGAAAUCGAAAUGACACGUCGCGGCAAAUUUGUAGUGAACAAAGUAAGCAAUGUUAGAAUACAUUUCAUUAGGGACACACCUGCACCACAAAGUACGGCGCCGCAACACUGUCACAAUGUGAGCAGCAGCACACCUGCGCAAGUGGGCUGCGGCGGUCGGCGUGUUCCACAUCCACCCGCUCCAUCAGCCACGCUCACACUUACACAAAAGCUCGAAUUCGUAUUGACGCUCGUUAAUCGGCUGCUAAUCGGCUUCGUAACAGUUUAUUUGUGUUGGAUGAGUCUGCGUUUGGAUAGUAAGGAUAUUCCAUGGCAUGCGGUGUUUUGCACACUGGGCUUUCUCUGCUUGAUGUCCGAAGGUCUGAUGGCCUACUAUCGUGGCAACGUUUGGACACAAGUGUGUCACCGGCCGGAGAAAGCACGUUUACAUUGGGUGUUGCAGUUGUGCGGCUCCAUAAUUGGUCUCAUAGGCAUCGUGAUUAAAAUGUGUCUGGAGGAGGCGCACUUCCACACGCGUCACGGCAUGAUAGGUCUGGCUACCAUGGUUAUUUUAUUUAUCAGCUUAUUAAGCGGUCUCAGCUCACUUUACGCCGCCGAACUUAAGGGUCGCCUACAACCACGUUUUAAUAAAACAUUGCACAAUAUUAUUGGCUUAAUGACGUUCACAUUGGCUAUGCUGAGCAUGUAUUACUCGUUCGAGACGCAACUAUUUAACGACUACUCGUUAGACGCAUCGACUUAUAUGGACUUCCGUUUGCUCUUGGAGAUUAUCACAAUUAUUAUAUUUGUGUUGACCGCAUAUGGACCUAUGUGGUGCUUGUUUUAUAGUCGUUUGUAGAUCAAACGAAUAUUUAGUGAAUAAUAACGUGUAACAUUAGAGAAUAUAUAAAAAAGUUAACAAAAAUACAAUUUUAACCUCACGAAUACGAAA